CGCUACUUGUAUCCGAGUGAGAAGCAGCCAGACACAAAGUAGCACUUGGUGUUUCCGGAGCCGGGCUAGGCAGAGACUGAGUAACGGGGACCGGACCGGACAGGACUAGCACUCCCUGACUAUGCUCUCUCACAACUGAGACGGACUCAGCUGCCCUCCCUGUUCCAGGGGCCAGCCUGAAGCUCUCAGCCCAGCCAAGGCUCCUCUCUGUAUCUCUCUUUCUCCCUGUGUGUCUCUCCCGAGGCCGCCUGGCUGCCUUUAUUUAAUUUUAUUUAUUUUCCCCCCCUCUUUUCCCCCCCUCAAAUAUUAAAUGUACAACUUGAUGGGUCUGAACAGCACAGCCGCAACGAAUCAGCCCAAUGUUUCCUGCACAUGCAACUGUAAACGCUCUUUGUUCCAGAGUAUGGAGAUUAAAUCGAAUUUGCUACCACGUGGAGAGGUUGAAGCUAAUAGCACAGAUAAACACAUGAGGGAGGAAGGAAAUAGAGCCGAGUUGGAGUUUGUGCAGAUAAUCGUGAUAGUGGUGGUGAUGAUAGUGAUGGUCGUGGUGAUCACCUGCCUCCUCAACCACUACAAACUCUCCACGCGGUCCUUAAUAAACAGACAGAGCCAAAUGCGAAGGCAAGAAGGCAACCUGCAGUCGGAAGGGAGCUUGUGGCCAACAGACAACACAGUGUCAGCAAGUGGAUUGUCUGAGCAGCAGAUCUACACGCCCAGGUCGACGGACAGACUGACGGUGCCGUCGUUCCUACACCGCGAUCGGUUCAGCCGCUUCCAGCCCACCUACCCCUACCUGCAGCACGAGAUCGACCUCCCUCCCACCAUCUCACUGUCUGACGGCGAGGAGCCCCCUCCCUACCAGGGCCCCUGCACCCUCCAGCUCCGCGACCCCGAGCAGCAGAUGGAACUGAACCGGGAGUCGGUGCGGGCUCCCCCAAACAGGACGAUCUUCGACAGUGACCUGAUAGACGCGUCGAUUUACAAUGCGGGACCCUGCCCUCCGAGCAGUAACUCGGGCAUCAGUGCCACCAGCUACAGCAGCAACGGCCGCAUGGAAGGACCACCGCCCACCUACAACGAGGUGAUUGGCCACUACCCAGGGUCGACGUUUUUCCAACACCAGCAGAGCCAUGGUGUUCAUUCUGUGAUGGGUGGCAGCAGACCAGAGCAACCUCAGAACAAUGGCCUUGAGGGGACAGUUCUCCGGAGCAGCAAAGACAAAAAGACAGGACAUCCCUUCUGAGACCAACUUUGUGCACUUCAACAAAAAGCCAGAGAGCAGUGGGUGAGCAAGCAGGAGGGUUAGCCCGGCUGUGCUCACUGUCUCCCAUUCACCCCCCAUCACCCACCCCCCCCCCACCCUCCCUCCCCAAACACUCCUCCGUUGUAUAAAAUACUUAGUUAUAUCGCAUCUGAAUUGAACACUCGAGCAAAAAGGUUCAGGUGGUUCUACGAGCUACAUUAGAUAAGGGAGUUCCAGUACCCUGUUUAAACUAAGGUCUCUUUUAAAAGUAACACAAUGUGCGUAAAAAUGCUGUCUUUAAUUACCUUAACUUUAAAGAAACAUUUGCACAAAAUUUUAUGUUUGGAAAAACCUGCAAUAUGUCUAAUGAGAAAUUUGCAUGUGGAAGUAGGCGUAUUUUUGUAACAGAAAUGGCCUAUAUGUUUAGUUCCCAGAUGAGAGAGAUGGCAGUUUUUUUGAGUGCCGUAUCAAUGUGUCUCUAACAUUCUGUAUUUAAAAAAAACAGGGGUUUAGAGUUAUUUAUGAACACUUUUAAAACAUUGCACUAUUUUGUAAUAUGAGUAACAAGCAGAUGCUUGUAAUAGCAAUGGCCUCCAGUGUCUGCCACAGAUGUACAAGCAAGCAAAUACGUUCUUCACUGUAGGGAUGCUGAGCUACACACAUUUGUAGGUAAAGUCCCAGCUCCAUUGGGAAAAGAAAUUGCAUUUAUACUAGAACAUAGAGCAAAGCUAAAGCAUUACGUGACAGAGCUAAUACUGUGAAUCCAGUGUGCAGUACAGCUUAAACAAAAAACUGUCAGGCUACAAGGUAGUUGGGAAGAUAACCAAAGACAUUAAGUCCUUUUUAUACCCAGAGAGGGGGAAUAAAACGCCAUUUGUGGCGGUUUUGGUAUCUCUUAGCAGGUGCACAACAAUGUGCAGAACCAUUCCCUUUGAUGUGGAGACCAGCCUCAUUUUCACUGCCUGAGAGAUGGGGGUGGUGAGGACUGGAACCCGUCGAAAAUUUAGAAAGCAGUCUGCACGUUUUGGGACUCUGGCACAGUGGGAGCAAGGUGCAGUCUUCCCCAGAGUCUGUGGUUGAAAUAUAGUCUGGUUAAGGUGAGGUGGCUCCACACUGCAGAAUUAUUCUGAUUGGUCACCUCAAUUAGCCUUGAGCUCAAAGUUCCCUAACUGAGGACUUGGGAAGAUGGGAGAAACAAACUACAGAUGAUUUGAUUGGGAAAAGGAAGGCGAGAGAGGGAAUUUUUUUUUAUUGAAAAUCUAUUGGCAUUUUGCUCACCACAUAACAGGUUCCAUUUUUGAUUAUGAUGUUGGAGAACCGGACUUCUUCCCUCUGUCAGAAGUUGCUCAGUUGGUUGUGGAGAGCAGAGGAGCCCACAAUUUGACCGAUCCCAGUUGUUCAGAGUGACAGGAUGGGUAAGGAAUUGAGGAUUCUCAUUGGUUGAAAGUCCUGAUGGAUUUCCAUUGCAUUGUGGGCAUGUGUUAAUUGAGAGUUGCUUUUGAAAUGUUCUUGCCUCUGUCAAGGUAUCUGGUAGGAAGGUUUGAAGUUCUCAAUUGCAGCCUGGCGUCUAUAGUAUAGCUUUCCCUGGUUCUCAGAAUUAGCAGUUUCAGUGACUAAAGCUUCCCCCAAAGUCUGGCUUUUAAAAUGAGCUCACACCUCAAAAUGGCAUCCAAUUGCAAUUUGUUGCAUUAUUGGCCAAAUAAAGUUGAAAAUGGUGAGUGAAUGUGGUAUGAAUCCAUCUUUUUGGUUUAUGGUGGUGCCUAUUACUACACCCCUGUGUAUGAUACUUCCUUUGAAAAAUUCUCUGUAUGGCGUACAAUGGGACUGGGCCCCCAGAAAGUUGCUACUUGAUAGUUGGAAGCAGAAUUUGGAUGCAUGAAACUCGCCAAUCACAAGUGGCGUAAAUCACUUUGGCUAUUGGUGUGAUAUCUUGUUCACACCAUUGUUGCCGGCAUCCUGGCCUUUCAUGGGAUAUCUUUGAAUGGUUCACUUCAAAUCUAUUUAACACCUGCUAUCCCACAAGAUGGGUAACAGGGUCCUGCAACUUUUACAGGCACGCAUUGGUCUCUGAAAUUGUCCUCACUGGAUGUUGGACCCACCUAAGGAGUUUUUAUUUGCCUAGAUGGUAAGAGUAAACCAGUACCCGGUUUCACUGCGAUGCACCAAAACCGGUGCACCGCUGCUAGGAGGACGGUGCAAAGUUACAACAUGCCCAACACACACCCAAAAAUCAUUGGCCCAAACUCAGAGGCAGUAGGUAAUUUUUUUUACCCAAGCGGCUGGAUCAGAUAAUAGUGACUUUCUUUUAAAAGGAAAACACCUCGUCCAGUGUUACUCCUGACCUCGGUUUCCCUAUGGAUGGGUUGGAUUAAAUUUAUCCCGGGGCUGGUGAUACAUCCGGUCAUUAGUGGCCUUCGUCAAUCAGCACUCUUCCCCCGGUUCCUUCCUUUUUGAUUCCCUUCUGCUCUCCUGCUGGUGGUUUUCAGCCUCAAUUUGGUUUCCUUUCAAUCUUCCAGAAGUCCGUGUUUAUGAAUUGCUGUCUGUGUUUUGCUGUUGGUAUUCGCCUCUCCGGUGCAGGGAGUGGAGUUCUUGCCUGGGCUGGUGACAGGAACACUCCCACCCCCUCCCUUCGUAAACUGGGGGUUGCUUUCUCUGAAAGUACUGCACUGCCCUUUCACCAACCUGUAUUUCAUAUGUGAUUUAUGCAUAGUUAUUCCAGUUUUUUUAAAAAGAAAAUUGCCCGAUUGAGGCGGUUUUUGUUUUGAUGUCGGGUCUGUUGAGAGUUCUACAGGCUGGGAGAGGAAUUGUGUGCAAUUCGGAAGGGGAGAAAAGACAUGAGCUUAUUUUUUAAGAUUUCAGCUUUGUUAACCCCUCCCAGGCUCUGUAAAUGUGCCUCGUUUAAAUUGCUGCUUUGACCAAUUCUUGCCCUCUCUCUCUCUCUCUCUCUCUCUCUCUGGUGCUGUGUAUAACUUGAAUAUAUUAUGCAGAUAUCCUAUGCACAUAUUAUGGAUAUUGUAUGAUUAGCAUGUAGUUUAAACAAUAGUAUUAACCAAAUGAAUGGAAUCUGUGCCACCAAGCCUGCAGCGCCGUUCAAUACUGUUACAGUCUGAAUCUGUUCGGUCUAGUCCCGAUGGAUUAGAGGAACCAUUAAAGGCAUAGUUAUUUUGCCAGGUUUAUUUCCAAUAUUAGUCUCGCAAUAAACAGCAAACGAUAGUCCCUUUCCUUCCCAACUCUGAUCUUUUGGAAUUUGGAUUUUUUGUAAAAAAAAAUAUAUAUCACUAGCGCUGUAGGACGUGCUGGUACGAAAUACCCCCUGGAUUUGAGGCAGUUCAGAGUCGCGUGAAAAUGGUUCUGGGAUCAGAGAGCAGACGGUGAGGUGGGCUGGGUGUGGGUGGUGAGGUGGGCUGGGUCCUCGGCAGGCUGGUGGGAGCCCAGGUAGGAGGCACAAGGGACUGCAGCUGCCUGCUGGAAUCUGGAGCAACAGACCGUCUGAGGAACUCAGCGGGUCGAGCAGCAUUUUAGGGGGUGGGGGGGGGGGGGAGAGAUUGAGCAGCAUUUUUGGGGAGGGGUGAGGAACUGUCGACAUUUUUCACACCCUGCACUAGGACACGUUGCAACAGCAGCGGUGCCCCUGAUGCUGGGUCCCUCCCCCGCCACAGACCCGCUGAGUUCCUCCGGCGCCGGCCAGCGUUUCACUUCCCACCCCCCUCCUUCCCCCAGUCACCCUCAAUAGUGCCAGUUUCGUUAAAUUCCGACUGUAUGUAACCAGCCCGAAUGCAGCCGGAGCACCAUUGUUUACUGACUGAGCGGUGCGGGUCCCUGUGGGUUGGCCGCACCCUGACACCCACCGUCCUCCCCUUAUUCCAUCCUCUAGUAUCUGAAAGCCAGACUGGUCUCGGUGGGGGUGAAAUUUUAAAGAGAAACGUUUGCACUAAAUCUGAUCCAAGCCGGGCAUCGCUGCGGAGGUGUGGGAGCUGCCUGCACCCCUUCCCGGCCCUCUCUCCCCAAACCCUCUUCCACGGCCAGUGAUUUGCAGAACGGGGUGGGGGGGGGGGGGGCUGGAGCAUCCCCGCAUCCAACGGGGAUCCUUCAUUUUAACCCCGGACUCAGAUUCCGUCAGAAAUGAAUGCACCUUCAGACUGCAAUGCUCUACGUCUCCCGUUGCCUUUCGCCAGUCUCCCGGAGUGGCAAAGGACACCAGCCCCCGUCUCUCCCUCGGCGCUCUGAGCAUCAUCGCCCCCUGCCCCUGGGUGAAGCCCCCGCUCAGUCGCAGGCACCGUUCUCUCUGGAAUCCAGAGCAGGCGGCGCCGGAUCGGUGCUGACCGCAGCCCAGCUCUCCCGGGAAACCUCCACUCUUUGAAAGGCUCCCGGCAGCUUACAGAGAAAAUAAAGAAACUCAGCGAUGUCCACUGAGCUGAACCGUGAGCCAGGGUGGGAACUCCCAGUGUGGUCCGGGGAAGGGGGUUUAACUGAAGUUAAACUCGACCCCAGUGUCCGACACCGCUCCAGCUUUUAGCGGUGUAACCUUUAUAACUGGGGGGGAGAAGCCUUCAGUUAGGCAAUGCUUUGAUUUUGAAGGUUUAUUUAUUUUUUAAAACUGAGCUUUUUUCCCCCAAACAAAGCCUCAGCUUACAAUUACUGGUUAAACUUUGUGUAAAGAUAAAUAUAUAUAUAUAUAUACUGCACUUUUCAAGGCGAGAAAUGAUGGUUUCUCUCUGUGUAGUGAGUAGAUUCGCUAAACUGGCCUUUCCAAAGCAGAUCCUUUUUCUAAGAGCUUUCUGUGUGCAUUGUGACCGAUGUUUUUGUUUUAAGACAAUGCCCGUUGGGUCCGAGUGAUCUUCUAUCUUCACCAGUGAACCCCCUCGUCCCUCAAUCUCUCUCUCUCACCUCACUCACACACACACACACGCGCAAACAUUUGUUCACUUGAGCGAGCCGAGCUUCCAGAGACGGGUUGGAACGGGAGGGAGCAGUAACGGAGGGGCCGAGGCACCGCGUUCCUCGAACGGCCGACACCAGCGCAGGGGUCCCGACGCAGCGAACCAUCCCUCGGCGCGGCGUUUGCGCCGGGAGCGCCCUGGUGUUCAGUGUUGGGUUGUAGACCCAACCUCCCCCCCCCCCCCUCCCGCCCGGCAUCGCCUACUCUUAUGGUUUAACGCAUUUGUAAAAUGGUUCUAAGUGACAAUAUUAAUCAGUUAUUUUUAUGGUUUUUUUUGUUUUCAGACGAUUGUGGUCGCUUUACGGCGAUCACGUUUUAAAAACAACAAAAAAUAAACACUUUAAAAAUAAAGAUGAAG